AGACAAGAUGAAGAUGCUGCUAAGAUGGAGAAGGAGCUUCUUGAUAGGGUUACACGGUUUGAAAGCCAUAUCCAUACGUUGAAAUCUGAAUGUCGACGCCUCUGCAUUAGCCUUGGUGAUGUUACUGAGCUUGAUCAAACGAGUGUUGCAUAUAUGAAGCCGAGCUUUAGCAAAGUUAUGGUGAAUCUGUCUGGCAUAAUCCGUGAUUUUGAAGGAUUGACUCAAGACUUCAUCAGUCUGAAGGAAGCCAGCACUCGUUCAACUCAUCUUGUUAAUGCCUAUGUCAAAUUCGAUAUCAACCGAUGUCAAAACUUUAAAGCUAAAGUGAUCCAGAGAUUCCAAGAUAUGACACAGGAAGUAAUCAACAUCAAAGCCUCGUUGGAGAAGAAGAUUCCUGUAACGAAUGAGGACAAUUAGAUAUGUCAUUUUAUAAUGAUGAUUAUGAUCUUAUAUAGCCAAC